CUCUUACAUCCGCAGCCCCACCCCAGUAGCCAGCAGUGCUCGCUCGUGUCUGGAGAAAUGCAGUAGUGUUCGUGUGACUUUUCGCCCCUUAUCUUGGUAAUCAUGGCGUUACGAGCCAGGCUAGCGGCGUAUCUCCUGCUGGCGUCUACUAUAGUGGAAGUGAGCCAUGGAUGCGUGAUCCCCUUCGUGAUGCGCGGUACAUGGUUCAGCUUCGAGCACGGCAGCAACACCAUCACGGACAUCGACGACACCUACAUGACCAACCACGGCAGUUGCGUGGCCAUCAAGGUGUACCGCAACGACUUCAAGGCGCUCCUCUUCAAGCGGAACGAGUGCUACUACUGCGUGCGCUUCCACAUCCGAACAGUGAACGUCCUGCAGAAGAGUGCAACUGGAUGCAACACCUACCGGGAUAGCAAGCCGUCUCUUGAGGAUGUGUGUUCCGAGCUGGACAAGGACACGCGGCUUGUCACGAUGUUCAAUGAGAAUUAUCGACCCAAGAACUGUCGCUCAGCUAUUGAGGGCGUGUGGCACUUCGCUUAUCAGAACAGAUUUAGUUUCACAGGAGAAUGUAACCACCCGGAGGCCAAGAUCCGGUCGUGCCAGGAGCCUGGUAACCAGUUCCUCAUUGCCAACCAGAAAUUCAACCUGACUUUCAAAAAAUGCGAGGGUAUUAAGGAAUCUUUUGAAGGAACCAAGGAGUUCUCGUGUCUGGGUGACUGGUUUGUGGGGAAGAAUCAUUUCUUUGCGGCCGCCAACACCAAGGAAUCAAGGAAGGAUGAGAAGUACCGCUGCUUUGUGCGUAACCGUGAUGAUGACCUGUACAUGGGCCACUCCAUCACUCCUGAGUGCUCCGUGCUCAAGACACCAGAGAACAGUCCGUUCAGGUUCCGCAUGACUCCAGUCAAGCAGGAAACAGUCACUCCCGGAUGUCUGCUGCCAAAGAACUUCACUGGCGACUGGGUGAACACAGCACACACAGAGGCAGAUGUCAUGAUCAACCAGACGCACAUCAUUGAGACGACAUACCCAGACAUUGGCCGCUACCGACGUACUAUUUAUGUCUGCAGGGAACAGAGGGACAACCGAUACAUGAUGGCAAGGCUCAACAUUGAUGGCUGUCAAAAAGACUACGUGUGCUUUGAGUUUGUGCCUCGUCACCACAACAUCAUCAGGUUCAGGAAAGGUCUUGAGAUGAUCCGAGAGGACUUCUCCACUGUCUGCUCCUACAUCCAAUUCAAGAGUGACCGGGAGUGGAAUUAUGACCUCAUGUUGGCCAGAGACCCAGUGCCUGUGAAGUGCCCCAUUGCUGGCAAAUUCAACUUUACCCAGAAGGGAGAGGUGCAAUUUGAAACACGAGUCCUUGGGGGUGUGACCAAGACUCCAUGGGAUGACAUUCAUUGCAGGGAAAACAUCUCUGACCUCUCAGUGUGUGACAAGGAUCAGAAAGAAAUUUGGAUUGAUGCUCACUACUGCAUUACUGUGGAUGCAUAUGGCCGACACAUGGAUAUUUACACUGAUCCGGACUAUAAGCUGAAAUGCAUCGGGUACUGGAAGGAGAAUCUCAAGUCAUACCUGAUCACCUAUGAUGAACUUGAUCCAUACUCCAAGUACAGAUGUUGGGUGUACCAGAGAGCAGAUUUGAAUAAGGUACUCAUGUCACAAAGUGUUGGGCCGUUUUGUAACCUUGGCCAGACGGUCCUGAGUACAAACAAUGGGGCAGCAGUCAUCCUUAACAUGGUGGAGUAUGAGAGAGAGCAUGACCGCUGUCCCAUGCACUUUGAUGAUGGCGACAACCCCUGGAAGGAGCCUGGAUCCAACAUCCAUGUGUUCAGGUUCCAAGACCCCAGCACUGCUUCCUUGGCCACAACCCUCUCAGGGAUGCUUCUCUUCACACUCCUCUCCCUCCAUCUCAUCCACUUUGGUUGAGUCUGUAAGGUGUGAGGAGAUAUCAAAAAUAAAUAUCAAUGUCAUAAUCUAAAGAUACUUUAGGGUCAAGACUUAUAGGUCACUGCCAUGGAUGUUACUAUGGAUAUCCAGAUGUACAUAAUCCCUAAAGAGGAGAAAAGAAUUAUCUAGUUUCUGCAACUUCUUCUCAUUAUCCAGUUUAGAAGUGGAAACUCUCAAAAAGCUUUUGUACAAAGGAAGUUUACCUACAAGAAAAAAUUGAUUACAAAAAACUAGCAUUACAUAUCAGGGAGCAGUUUCAUAUUGGCACUGUUUGUCAGUUUUAAUUACCGAAGCAGCCACUGUACUGUUAGUAGCAUGGUACAGGUGAAUAAGGUUUGCCAAGGUAAGAUUUAUUUAUUUUUUGAUGGCAGGAAAGCCAACUGGUAGAUUACCAUAUACCCAUAAAUGCAUAGGAUAAAAUUUGGUAUGUAAAGCUAAGUCAAUAUCAUACCACAUUUGAAAAGAGAAGAGAAAAAAAAAUAGAAGAAAAGUGGGAGUUGCUCAUACUUUUGUUUCCAUUAGUGCCAUCUAGGUAUGUGUCUCCUGUCACUGGUAAUGAGCAACACUGAAGUAGUUUUGUGUUACAUAUCGCUAUAUGUUUGUCCAGCAAGACAAAACUUGUGCGCUGAGAGGUGACCAUUCCUAAUGCAACUGUUCCAUCCCUUCACAUUCCGUCCAUUACAUUUAAGUUCUUGUCACACAAAAUGAUGUUGAUAUCUAGUAACAAAAAACAAUUGAUAAUGAAAUACUGUGGUCAUCAGUACAUACUGUACAGACAUCCCAGUGAUAAAUUAGUUUUUUGCAUUUUUACAAGAUAUAGUGUACACAGGUACUUUUCAUCUCAAGAUUUGUACACAUAAGGCUCAUAAUGAAUCACAAAGUUUUAUCUUAUAUACACAAUAUUGUAAUAAUGGUAUGGGUAAUUUUCAGUCUUCACUACAGCUGCACAAAGACUAGUAAUGUAGUUGUGUGAACACAGUGCAAACUAAUUAAUUAAAGUGUAUAGAGACACUUUCAGCUCAAUUCAAGUGCAAAUACUUUCACAUUUCGGAGUAUUGGGAAGAAUGUUUGUGUAAUAAUAAAGUGUCUUCCAUAACCUUCAAUGAAAAUCUGUUUGUCACAAAUACUGCUGUUUUCAUACACUUUCAUAUGAUAAUUUUAAUCAUUCCGGCUUACAUAUGUAUUGAGGAAAUGUUUCUCAGGAAAGAAAAAAAUAUAUAUAUAUAUAUAUAUAUAUAUAUAUAUAUAUAUAUAUAUAUAUAUAUAUAUAUAUAUAUAUAUAUAUAUAUAUAUAUAUAUAUAAUGGAAUACCAAAAUUGUCAUGAAAUAAAAAUCUUCUGUGUAAAGAAUAUAAUGAUGUGGUAUGAUACAGUAAAAAGACACUGACAGGGUCAUUUAGUGUGCCUUAAGAGGACGAACUCGAAAAUCAGAUUAAUAGAAUAUCAAAGUAUGAAAAAAGAUAAAUUUCAUGCCCUUUGUAAUUUCAUGUGUGUGUGUGUGUUGCGGCUUCAUCUUCCUACUUGACCAAAUGUUAAGAAUAUUAACUUCACUGGCUCUUAUUGAUAUAUAUAUAUAUAUAUAUAUAUAUAUAUAUAUAUAUAUAUAUAUAUAUAUAUAUAUAUAUAUAUAUAUAUAUAUAUAUAUAUAUAUAUAUAUAUAUAUAUAUAUAUAUAUAUAUAUAUAUAUAUAUAUAUAUAUCUUUGUAAAUUGUAUAACAAUAUACGCAUAUCAAGUAAGAGUACUAUCUGAGAAAAAUGUUGCCACCUACUACAGAAAUAUGCUAAAAAGUAUUAAGUGAAAGCAGCAACAAGUGUCUGACACUGCUGGAUAAAACGUACUGAGCUCCAGUGACGGCAUCAUUAUGGCACCAGAUACGCUGGCCAAGUGUUACUGCUUUGCAAAGAUGAUGCCUUUCACUAAUGAUAUGAAUGUAUUCUCUGAACAUUACUUACUCGGGAAUUGAAUAAAUUAUAUACCUAGGGAAGAAAGAUAUGUAUAAGGUGUAGUUAUCUUACAUUAACCAAGUGACGUCACCUCUUGCAUAAUACCGUUACGGAAUUUUUUUUUUUUCCAGGAUUGUCACUCUUCAGCUCCCUAUCAUUUCUUGUAUAUUGUUUUGCAAAUAAAUGCAAAUAUUUCUAAC